AGGAGGAAGGGAGGACCGGGACGAGACGGAACCGCAACUUCUCCCUCUUCUUUAUGUAGUUUCUCUCUCUUUCUCCCUCUCUCUCUCUCGCACUCUCUCUCUCUCUCUCUCGCGCGCGCUCCCUCUCUCCGUGGUAUUUGCUGUUGUUACGGUUUAACUCGCAGUGAUGCUGGACACGCUCACCUUCCUCCUGGAGAAACUCUUCCUCCUCGCCCACGUCAAGCUGUCCAGCCUGCUGCCCCCGCGGGGCCGCGCAGAGCGGGACGAGUCCCGGCCGGAGUCCGGGCCCCCCCCUCCUCCUCCUCCACUCCAGUUUCAGCGGGGGGACCUGCUGGAAGUCCCGCGCACGCUCUUCACCCACUUCGGCAUCUACCUGGGCGAGAACCGGGUGGCGCACCUCAUCCCGGACGUCCUGCCCGCGCUGACCGCGGACGCGCGGAGGAUCCAGGUGAUGGUGACGAACACGCGGCUGCUGCUCGGGGUGCUCUCCAAGCGCGCCACCGUCCGCGUGGACUCCGUGGAGGACUUCGCGUACGGGGCCGGGAUCCUGCUCAACGCCAUGGACCGCGUGGUGGUCGGGAGCGCGCUGUCCGGGGAGGAGGUGGCCGUGCGCGCGGAGCGGCUGGUCGGCGCCGUGUCCUACAGCCUGCUGUGGAACAACUGCGAGCACUUCGUCACCCACUGCCGCUACGGGGCCGCGCAGAGCCUGCAGACCGACCAG